CAACAAUCCGCCAUCAUGGGUCGUAUGCACAAUUUCGGAAAAGGUAUUUCCAAAUCAGCAUUACCCUACAGACGUACUGUACCAACAUGGUUAAAGUUAUCUGCUGAAGAUGUACAGGAGCAGAUUUACAAGCUUGCUAAGAAAGGCUUGACUCCAUCCCAAAUUGGUGUUAUCUUACGAGAUUCUCAUGGAGUAGCUCAAGUUAGAUAUGUUACUGGAAACAAAAUUUUGAGAAUCCUGAAAUCUAAAGGAUUAGCCCCAGAUAUUCCAGAAGAUCUUUACCAUUUGAUUAAGAGAGCUGUAGUUAUCCGUAAACAUUUGGAAAAGAGCAGAAAGGACAAGAAUGCCAAGUUUAGGAUGAUUUUGAUUGAAAGUAGAAUUCAUCGAUUAUCCCGAUAUUACAAGACAAAGCGAGUUCUACCACCUAACUGGAAAUAUGAAUCAGCAACAGCCUCUGCUUUGGUAGCAUAAACAUGUAAAAAAAAAUAUUGCUGUAAUAAAAAAAAAUAUUGAAAAAGU